GUCUGAGAAGAAAUCCAGUAAGUAACAUGUUUGCCUUUCUUCAAUUUGUUCAUGUGAACAAAAUAUUCAAAUUUUGUUCCAUCUGAGCCUCCUAAAAACAAAAGUUCCUAAAUGGUUCUAGGUUUGGACGUAUGGCUCUAGGAAAACUGUUUAAUUCAUAGAGAAAUUUUACAUAAUUAGUUCUUAUACUUUUUUUUAAAGCCAUCUGUUCUUUAGGGAACUAAAAGUGGUUCCUCAGUGGCACCACAGCAACGAGCCCCUUUUGUCCCCUAUUUUAAGAAUGUAAACUUAGAUGAGUUAUCCAAAAUCAGACUUUUAAAACAACUUAAGAUUAAAUUUGGCUGGUUGUAAAUGAACUAGCUACAUGUAACCUGUUAAAAAGCUGCCCUUCAAGUUCAGUAAAUAUACUGUAAUUCCUUAAGUCUAUUAAGAGUGUGUUGUGUACUCAGUUUGGUAGAAAGAAGUGUGUUGUGUUCCCAGAAGCAGCGCGUCAUGCUGGCCAACAGGAAGACGAGGAAGAAGCGACUGCGGCUGUGUGUAUGGAGUCCGAUCUCAAGGAUGGAGAGAUGAUGGAUGUGGAUGUUGGGGACCAUAAUGUCCUUUUGGUGAGGUGUGAUGGGGAAUACACUGCCAUUGGUAACCAGUGCACCCACUACGGUGCUCCCUUGAGCACAGGAGUGUUGGUGGGUCACAGGGUACGCUGCCCCUGGCAUGGUGCCUGCUUCAACGUGAAGACUGGAGAUAUGGAGGAGUAUCCGGCCAUGGAUAGCCUGACCUGCCACAAGGUGAAAAUUCUGGACAGAAACGUGUAUGUGACUGUAAACAAAAAGGCUCUAGGGCAGGCCAAGAGAGUGAAGAAGAUGGGAGCCAGAGAUCCCGACGUGAACCACACUGUGAUUCUACUAGGAGGAGGUUGUGCCUCAGUAAUAUGUGCAGAGAUCCUCAGGCAGGAGAACUAUGGGGGAAGAAUCAUAAUGGUGACCAGAGAUGACCUCCUUCCAUAUGACAAAACCAGGCUUAGCAAGGUAAUGAAUGUUAAGAGUGACAGCAUCUUGCUCAGGAGAAUGGAAUUCUACCAAAAGUACGACAUUGAAGUGUGGCUUAAAAAAGAGGCUUUGUCAAUAGACACUGACAGGAAAACAGUGGCAUUUGAUGAUGGCACCACAGAGAGCUAUGACCAGCUCCUUGUUGCAACAGGUUGCAGGGCUAAGGAGCUGGACAGCCCCGGGGCAGAACUGAAGAAUGUGUUGAUGCUGGAGACACCAGAGGAUGCCAACCACAUUCAUAAUGCCUGCAUAGGCUGCAGGACAGUCAUUGUGGGCACCUCCUUCGUUGGCAUGGAGGUGGCAUCCUAUAUGAUCGAUAAAGCUAGCAGCAUCACUAUCAUUGGCUUCAGUGAGCUGCCCUAUCUGAAGACGCUAGGGCGAGAGAUAGGGAAGUUCACCAUGACGGUGUUGGAAGAGAGGGGUGUGAAGUUUUACAUGAAUGACAGUGUCACUGAGGUCCGGGGCAAGAACGGAAGGGUCAAAGAGGUAGUGCUGAAGAGUGGCACCAUUGUGGAAGCUGACGUGUUACUCGUAGGGAUCGGGAUCGUACCUAACUCAGAGUUUCUUAAAGGAAGUGGGAUCAAGAUGGACUCUAAGAACUAUGUCACUGUAGAUAAGUACAUGAGGACCAAUGUAAGAGAUGUCUAUUGUGCAGGAGAUUUAACCUGCUUUCCUCUCCAAAUGAUCAAAGACCAGAGCGUCAGUGUUGCCCACUGGCAAACAGCACAGGCACAAGGACGGAUUGCUGCUUUGAACAUGUUGGGCAAACAAGUCGCUCUGAACACUGUGCCAUUCUACUGGACCGUCCUGCUGGGGCAGACCAUUCGAUACGCAGGGUACGGAGAAGGAUACACUGAUUUAGUACUGAAAGGUCGCUUUGAGGACAUGAAGUUCUUAGCAUUUUACAUCAAAGAUGAUGAAGUGGUGGCUGCAGCAGGCUUGAACGUUGAACCUGCUGUUUCGGCCGUGGCCGAAAGGUUCGCAGCGGGGAAAGUGAUUACGAAGGCGGAAGCAGAGUCAGAUGACUUGAGCUGGUUGAAACUGCCGACCAGCAAACAGUGACAGCAACAUGAACUUCUUCAGUGCUCUUCUCCUGCUCCUUCUUCAGUUUCUUCAAUCCAUCAUUCAUUUGUAUCUUCAUUCCUUAAGUGGAAACCAAUACUCAGAGGACAGCUACACAGAGGGAAGAAGUCUUCUUGAAGUCACUGUGCAUUGACAGUUCAGUAGGCAGAAUUUAGUGUCUCAUCAGGGAGCUUCGUGUAUGGAUCAUACUCUCUUGGUACUCUUACACUCACAGUCAGAGCCAUGGAUCUGAAUGAGAAGGAAGGUAUAACUUCGUCAUGAAAGAAUUGGCACAGCAUUGCUGUCAGACAUCUGAAGCCACAAACCUUUUAAGAGUUUGAAAUUGGAGGCGCAUAGAUGGUUCCUGAAGGUUGUCAAAUUUAAAAUUAUUUUAGGAACAGUUCAUGAGAAUAAUCAGGGAGAGAGCAUAUCAUCGCUGUCAUACGUUGUCAUACGGAAGGGUAUACAUUGUCACCACUAGUUUCUUAUAAGAUCCACAUAAUGAACUUUGAAUUGAAUGACUAUAAGAAUAAAAUAACGAAGAAGUUAAUAAGAAGUUUGUUAUUGUCCCUAAAUGGUCGAGUGGUGGUGUGGCCAACGGAUAUUGGUCCAGGUUUAAAAAAAAACAAACAAAAAAACUUUUUUCCUCUUCUGUAAAGUUAGUGUUUCAUGGUCAAGAUUUUCCUAUGACAGCAAUGAUAUGGAUAUUCAAUUUCAGUGCACAGUCAUUGAGCAGCACCAUGAGAAUAAGGAAUUUCAUGGAAUCAUUGUAAAAUAUGGAGAAGUCCUUAAGACAAAAACAAGAUUAAAAGGGAAAAAGUUUCCACUUAGUUCAUAAGUUUGCAUUUACUUUCAGCAGCAAUACAACACCAGAGAUACAAAGUAGAGCACUGGUAGUAGUGGUUGAUCAAAUAUUAAGUACAGUGUCAGUUAAGUAGAUUGGACAAAUGAUGGAUCUGGUGUAACUAGAUAACCAGUCAUCAGGCUCCAAACAGGAGUGUGUACGGUGGAAAAACACAGAGAGACCUCUGACCAGGCCUGUGUUUGGAGUGCCCCACUAGAGCACAGAGGGGGAUUAGGUGAACAGUGCGCAAUGGGUGGAAAGAGAUGCUGACUGCAUCGGUGGUCACAAAAGGGGGGUGAUAAUAGGACUGGACAAACAAGACACAAAAGGGGCUCGUUUAAAAAAGCUUGUUUUACAAAAGAAAUGCUGUGCUGCUCUCUCUCAUUGCCUCGCUUUACCUCUCUUACUCACAAGCUCACCUUACCUUCAAAUCUCUCACUGUCCUUGUGCAUUUUUUCUAAUGUUUUCAUGUAGGAACUGGUAUAAACAGUAUGCAGGCCAUGUAGAGCAGUCAGGAGUCAGUAUUUAGGGCAGGGGGUUUUAACCUCAUAGCUGUAGGCAGUCCUUUAAAAUGUUUAGUGACAUUACUAUUAUAUUAGUGAAUGAUGAUAUACUUUAUAGAGUGAUACGGGUCUUGUGUGUUUGUAGAAAGCAGAAUUUUCUCUCGUGUACAUUUUUAAAAAAUCUAAGCAGAAACCAAAGAUUGGUCUUAAUGGAUAAAACAAUCGGUCAGAUAAUGCAAAUAGCAAAAAUACGCUUUCCAAUCGUUGAAGGAAUACUCCAGCUUCAUAAAACAAUCUCUGUCUGCUUCAUCUGUAUUGUAUUUUGAGUUAACAUGGUCAGUUUGACACAUUUCCCUAUACUUAGUAAAAGGACCGAAAGCCCAUUGACUUGAAGCUCAUUUGUUAUAGAAGCCAUCGGGCCGUUGCUGAAUUCCAUGAAUAAAAGUUUAAAAUAUGUGACUGUAACACCACUACUGGUUACCUUUUCUCUUGAAAACUAGGAAAACCUUUUUUGUGAACUCAUUAAAGUAUUCUACCAAAAUAUGUUUCACUUAAACUUUUAUUGGUGGAAUUUACAGUUUCCCAUUGGCUUCUAUUGCAAUGAUGUUCUCAAAAGUAUUGUCUGUGGUAAUCCACUAUGUGGUGCACCUGAUGGAUAUCAUGUUGAAAAACUCUGGAAUAGUCCUUUAAGAGGGUUAAAUUUAAAAAUGUAGAUUUUGUUUUAAACCCCCUUUUUGAAUCAGAUAUCCUGUAGCUGGCAGACAAUUGCUAUUCAGUUAUUUAAUGAUUAUCACUGUGUGGAAUUUCUAAAUAUAUAUAUAUAUUAAAAAGUAGCAGUGCAAAACUAAGAUGAACCAUAUAUUCUAAAUGCUUUUAACACAAAUGCUCUAGUAGGAAUACCAAGUAUUCCAAGCAAAUGUCCAGUGUGAAGUCCUCAGGCAAAAUACCUCUCAUGAUUACGCUUUAUGUUAUCCAGUUUUUGCACCAGUGUACUACCGUACUGGCGAGUGUAUUGACUUGCAGCAGUGGCGUCCAGUUACAAGGUCCAUUUUUCCUUUCCAUGAAAACAGCAUUCUGCAAAACGUUGUAAAGGUGCACUGUAUUUUCAACAUGUUACACUUUGCAUGGCAUAUAAUCACCAUCUACUACAAUGCAGUGGUGACUAUGUUUCAUUUCACAAUUUUUCUGUUACUAUGGAUGUAGCAUCACUCCUGUUCAUUGCUAGGAUGCUGGAUGUAUUUAAGUGCAUUAAAGUAAUCACUUAAGAUUGUUUUCAAUGUCACAACCUGCUGCUAAUCAAGUGGGAAAGACCUCACAUCUCACACAGUAUAAUAGCAGUUACAGCCACUAUUCCACUAUUCAUUUAUGGUUUUGUACCGACUUUGAAAAUAAAGUAUUCUGUUGUACAACAUGGUUACAAAAAACCAAUGCCUUAUGACUGUGCCUUAAGUGUCUGUGAGAAAAUAAGAUUCCUAACAAAGAGAUGUUUUUAAUCACUCUUCAUUCUUCAUAUAUUUAUAUCCAGUCAAAACAGUGACUUAAGU